GUAUCGCGAGAGAGAAAUGUCCGUCAUCGCAGAGAUGAACACUUCCUGGACUGGGUUUACCGCAGUCAUUUCUUUGCAGGGCAAGGUCGCUAGGCCUUUAUUAAAUACUCCUGAAACCGAUGAUGGUCUUGGGUGUGUGUUGGUCAACAAGAAGGAAGAUGUGGACUCCAUGGGGAUGUGGAACAAGCAAAUAACCGAACCCCUUGCUGUGCUUUCAGAUGCAGACGUUACAAGAUAUGAUUGGACUAUAGAUGCUUAUCACACUUGGCGCCUUUGUUUUACUGGGCAUCAGAGUUCAACAUGGGUUGACGAAUUUGGAGCCGAGGCGAUUUCAGGCCCGGUGGGUGGGUCCAAGUUUACGUCUGCGCGGCAGCAGUCCUCCCAAGGCACCAAUCAGCACUCUCCAAUCCCGCAUGCACCUUCAUUUCCUGUAUCCGAUUAUACACUCUUAAAUAUCUGUCCAAUAGACUUGGAAGGGUCAGAUAGAGGGGUUACAUCGGUAUUACCAGCCCGUGCCAUCGGGGAGCUUCUGUAA